AUGGAGAGGGUUAAUGAAACCAUGGUGAGAGAGUUUAUCUUCCUGGGCUUCUCCGCUCUGGCCAGCCUCCAGAGACUGCUGUUUGUUAUCUUCCUGCUUGUCUACCUUUUCACUCUGGGCACCAAUGCCAUCAUCAUUUCUACCAUUGUGCUGGACAGAGUCCUUCACACCCCCAUGUACUUCUUCCUGUCUGUCCUCUCCUGCUCUGAAACUUGCUACACAUUUGUUAUUGUGCCCAAGAUGCUGGUUGACUUGUUGGCUGAGAAGAAGACCAUCUCCUUCCUGGGCUGCACCAUCCAGAUGUUCACCUUCCUCUUCCUCGGCUGCUCUCAUUCCUUCCUGCUGGCAGCCAUGGGUUAUGAUCGCUACGUGGCCAUCUGUAACCCUCUGCGCUACACAGUGCUCAUGGAACAUGGGUUAUGUGUGGGACUGGUGCUUGCUGCCUGUGCCUGUGGCCUCACCGUCUCUGUGGUCACCACCUCCCUGGUAUUUCACUUACCCUUCCACUCUUCCAACAAGCUCCAUCACUUUUUCUGUGACAUCUCCCCUGUCCUCAAACUGGCCUCUCACCACUCCCACCUCAGUCAAUUGGUCAUAUUCAUGCUUGGUGUAUUUGUCUUAGUGAUUCCACUGUUACUUAUCCUGAUCUCCUAUGUCCACAUCAUCUCUGCCAUUCUGAAAAUUCCAUCCUCUGUUGGAAGAUACAAAGCCUUCUCCACCUGUGCGUCCCAUCUCAUCGUGGUCAUUGUUCACUAUGGCUGUGCCUCUUUCAUCUACUUAAGGCCCAAGACUAAUUAUUCUUCAAGCCAAGACACUCUAAUAUCUGUAUCUUAUACCAUCCUCACCCCACUGUUCAAUCCAAUGAUUUACAGUCUGAGAAAUAAAGAAUUCAAGUCAGCCCUCCGAAGAACAAUGGGACAGACUUCUUAUCCUAUUAGUUAA